CAAGUUAAAAGAUGUAAUUAAAGUGCAAAAUCCACAUUCAAUAGUGUAAAGUCAAAAAGAAUAUUUUGUAAACUUGGCUUCACGUGUUAGUGAAAAAUAUGUAAAUUUCUAAAUGUUAUCAAAUGCUUAGUUAAAAGUCUCUGUAUUUUAACUGAGAUAGUAUUUUAAUAUUAACGUAUGAAGAAUUACAAUGCUGUCCGAGAUGCCUGAGGUAAUGGAACCCGUUCAGCAGGCAAAUUUUAAUGCUGAUAUUAAGACAGAUGAUUUUGGACAGAAUUUUAAAGUGAUUCUUAUGAAUGAUCAGAUACGUGAGCUUCAAACUGUCAUACGUGAUAAAAACACCACCAGGAGUGAUUUUGUGUUCUAUGCUGAUCGCUUGAUUCGUCUUGUUGUUGAGGAAGGUUUAAAUCAACUCCCAUAUAAGCGAUGUACUAUUACAACUCCAACAGGCGGAACAUAUGAAGGAUUAAAGUACUUGAAAGGAAACUGUGGAGUUAGCAUAGUUAGAAGUGGUGAAGCCAUGGAGCAAGGCUUAAGAGAUUGUUGUCGUUCGAUUAGAAUUGGGAAGAUUUUGAUUCAAAGUGAUGAGGAUACUCAUGAAGCUCAUGUAGUGUAUGCUAAAUUUCCAGAAGACAUUUCUUCCAGGAAAGUGCUUUUAAUGUAUCCCAUUAUGAGUACAGGAAAUACUGUAAUAAAAUCUGUGAAAGUUCUGAAGGAUCAUGGUGUUAAAGAAGAUAAUAUCAUUCUUUUAAAUUUAUUUUGUACUCCUCAUGCUGCACAUUCUGUGAUGAAGGCUUACCCAACAAUGACAAUAUUGACUUCUGAGGUCCAUCCAGUUGCACCUAAUCACUUUGGGCAAAAGUAUUUUGGAACGGAUUGAAAUUCAUUCUGUCAGUAUUUAUUAUAGUGUCAGAAGUAUGCUGUGUGAUUUGUACAUACGUGGUUUUUACGCUAGAAGAAAAUUUAAACUGUGGAAUCCUGUUCUUAUGGCUUGUGUUGUCUGUUGCUAUGUAGUUACAAAAUAUGCUUAGUAAUAAAAGAAUUAGAAUUAAAUUAUCAAAAAUUUCUUUUUAAUUUUUGUAGAUUGACGGUUAUUAUCACGUAUCUAAUGGAACUAAAUGUUAACUAUUUAGACCUUUUUUGAUUCAGAAAUUUUUAUUUUCUACAAAAAUCACUUCUGAUUAAAAUUAUAUUUCUGAAGGAAUCAAGUAAAAUUAAUCAGCUGUAUAAUAAUGAAAUAUGAUAUUUGAAUCCAAAAACGAAAUACGAUGUUUACAUCUUUUGCUGCAUUGUUAUCAGGGGGUGUUUGGUACAAUUAAAGAAGUAAAUAAAUAAAACAGCCUGUUCUGAAUUGACAUAAAUGAAUAAAUUGACAUAAAUGAAUAAAUACAAAGUCAAAAGAAAGAUCAAAAUCUAAUUCAGUUUUGCACUGAUAUCAGCAACAAAUGUUGGUAGCAGUGCAAAAUAAAAUUUGAAAAAAAGUUUAAAAUUAAUCCCAUAUUCAGUGUAGAAUAAGUUGAAUGCAAGACCUAGAAGCAGAGUGGCCAACUGCAAGUAAUAGGGGAGAAAAAUGUGCCCAAACCAAAAACAAAAUAUGAUGUGAUUUAUGUAAUAUAAUAUGAUGCAUAAAAAGCCGCUAAAGAGGUUGCUUUCCCUUUAUUCGAGGUUCAGACUUGGUGCGUGAAGGUGCAAUUGCCCCUCGCUCCCUAAUUUUUGACUUCUCUGAUUUGUUUGCAUUUUAUUCUGUGUGUUAUAUGUUUGAUCAGAGAGCCUGGCUCAGUAAAAGUAGGCGGCCAGUGUAACUCUGAUUCAAAAUCCAGUUACGACCACGUGCGUGUUGAUAACGACCACGUGUUUCUGAGACUCCCUUGCCAAUGCUUUAUUUUUCUUCUUUUCCCCCUUUCUAGUAAUUUUGUUCUCCUGAUGAGGAGGGACCUUUAGCUGCCCUCGAAAUCGAUUGAGUGUUUUAAUAUAUGUACGCUAAAUACAAGGUUGUUAUUACGAUUUUGAUUGUCACAUUGGCAUGUUUCUCUUCUAUUCUAGUUGGUGCUAUCAACCAGCAUUUUUGUAGGAUAUUUUACUUUAUAACAAAAUAUGAUAUUUACAUCUUUUGUUGCAUUGUCAUUAGAAUUACUUUGCAUUACUGUAAUCUUUACAUCCUAUUUAUUCAUUUAUAUAUAUAUAUAUAUAUGACCAAUGUAACUAAAAUGCAAUGACAAGUUAUACUUAGCGAACAAAAUGACAGUCACUUUCUUCUUUGAACCUGCAAAGCUACUGCAUGAGUCAAAAUUUGUGGCUUCUAAUUGACAAAACAUUUUCUCUUUUUUUUUUUCCUUCACCGCAACUUCUAAGAUAGGUAUGCAUAUGCAACAUAGCCUGUGGUGAAAUUUUCUGACACUGGUGCUGCCCAGGCAAUAACAGUCUUCUUGAAAAAGGAGAAAUUUGUUGAGGAAAGUGUGCCUGUGCAGAAAUUAGCAUGUGUUAAAUUAUUUCAUCACUAAAGCAGUGAAUUUGAUUAUUUCAUCUUUAUUCCUAGCUUUUGUUCUGUCACUACCAAGUAGUUGAAAAGAUAGCUAAGAGUAUGGCUUUCUUUAAUUUAAUAACUGCUAACUAGAUAAUUUUUUUGAAUUGUGUAUGUUAUUUCAGAUUUGUAGAAAAAAUAUUCCCCUUAAUCUUGCAGUAUACCACAACAAAGAAAAGUUGCCUCUAG